CGUCGCCGCCGCCUCUCCGCCAUGGCCUCCACCGCUCUCCUCCUCCUCCUCCCCUUCCUUCUCUUCUCUGUUACCACUCUGGCCCAAACCCCGGCGGCUCCCGCUCCUUCCUCGCCGGGGCCACUGAACAUAACCGGCAUUCUCGAAAAGGGCGGCCAAUUCACGACGCUCAUCCGCCUCCUCAACGAAACCAAAAUCAACACCCAGCUUGAUAAUCAGCUCAACAACACUCCUCAGGGGAUGACCAUUCUUGCCCCCACUGAUAAUGCCUUCAAUUCCCUUAAGCCAGGCGCCCUCAAUGGCCUCAACGACCAGGAAAAGACCCAAUUAUUGCUUUACCAUGUUUUGACUAAGUUCUACACCUUGACGGACCUCCAGACCGUCAGUAACCCGGUCAGGACACUCGCCGGAGACUGGGGGUUGAACUUCACCGGCCAAGCAAACCAAGUCAACGUGUCCACCGGCGUCGUCAUGGUGGCCGUCAACAACAAGGUCAGAGAGCAGUCUCCGUUGUCUAUUUACGCAGUGGAGCAAGUUUUGUUGCCGGAGGCUCUUUUCGGCGACCACCCCGCUGCCCCUCCUCCGAAAGCUUCGGGUCCGGCAAGCGAAAAAUCGCCGGCCGAUGGCGAAACACCGCCGAAAUCUGAUGCUGCCCACUCGCCGGCGGAUCAUAAGGAUGCGGCUCCGAGAAACGGCGUCGGUUUGGAAUUGGUUUUAGGAUUUGGUUUGAUUGCCUUUAGUGUUCUUUCUUGAGAUGUGACGUUGAGUUGAGAAACACUAUUUUGUGAUUUGUGUGCGCUUUGUCUACUCAUAUAUGCAUUCAUUUUUUCUUUUC